GAGAGAGACGGAGAGAGAGAGAGGGAAAAACAGGGAAGGGUGGUGGUUGAUAAAGUGGGAGGAAGGUCAACAGUGACAAGAUGCUUCUCAAAGUGAGUUUAUCGUUCCCAGAAAGGUGGGUUCCUCUGAAACUGAUGCUGUUUGGGUUUACACCCUCUUACACCCUCCCCUAUGGUGGUGGCAUUGUCUCUGGAGAUUCUAUUUCGUGUGAAUUUACCAUUGGAGAUGGUUGCACCACUGUCUUAACAACCCAAGCUUCCACUAAGGUCUACAAGUCUCUGGGAUCAAAGUGCUGUGAGCAAGUCUUGGAGAAAUCACAUUUCUGUGGAGUAAGCAAGAGUUGGGAGCGAUGCCCUUUUGGCUGUCAUUCCAGAUCCUGUGACACGUUUUUCCCUAGCAAGGUGGGUUCCUCUGAAACUGAUGCUGUUUGGGUUUACACUAUGGUGGUGGCAUUGUCUCUGUAUGUCUACAAGUCUGUGGGAUCAAAGUGCUGUGAGCAAGUCUUGGAGGUGAAUCUUGGAAAUCACAUUUCUGUGCAGUAGGCAAGAGUUGGGAGCGAUGCCCUUUUGGCUGUCAUUCCUGAUCAUGUGUCAUGUUUUUCCAUAGCAAGGUGGACUUUUGUCGGUCUGCGGUAUAUUUGCACCGGAUGAUUCGUGCUGCACAUGG